AUGAAGCUACCUUCGCUGAAUACACGUUCCGUGGAUUCUAAGGACAACCAAGGCACUCCGGUAAAAUUGAUCAGCUUACGAUCGGUAGGAGUUGGCUCAUUAGUAGGCUUUUGUACAUUUCCUGCAACACUAGGAACUUUGCAAAUAGUUCUGUUCAGCCCAUUAAGAUUAUCAUGCUCAAUUCCAGUGGUAUCAUCUGUUUCUGGCACACUAGCUGUUGCCACUUCGGUUACAGUUGCGUCAAUCGCCUCUAUAUCUGCUUCAUUAUUUUAUCAACGACUGGAAAACUCCCUAGCAACAAAGAAAGAUACCAGAAAAGAAAUUAGUUUACGCUACUCAUUUUCUCCCGUUGAUUUAGGGUUCUAUACUGUAGCUGCUGGCAUUACUUUUAAAAUUGCUGGGGGUCGGUUCAAAUCUGUAUUACCAAGUAGCUUUUUCAAAGCAGGAGCUUUUGCACAUUCUUGUAUACCUGCCAAGGGACAGAUGUAUGCCACAAAGAAAGAAAAAUGGUUACUUACCUCGCUCGGGCGAAAAUACGGAUGCCAUACCUGUGGAAGUAGAAGAAGUAAAUUCUAUUUUGGAGAUCAUAUUCCUCCGAAUACACUACUAAGGAAGGGAGAGCAACAAGUAUUUUAUCCUCAAUGUAAUCAAUGUUCCAGUUUACAAGGUGGAUUACUUUCAGGAAAUAAAAGUAACUUCAAAUUAAAAACGCAUGCCUUAUCGUUAAGGCUAUAUCACUUGUAUUUACCAUUUCCAUUUAUUUUAAUGGCUAUUCGUCAAUUUGCUAUAUAG